AGUUAUCUUCGUACAGCGCUAGUCCAUCCAGCUUGCCCUUGUGUUCAGUACGCCACGUGUUACCGCGUUUGCAACAAGUAUAGUGCCCGAUGGGUCGUACUAAUUGAGCCUGCACUUGCGAGGAGCGGAAUGUUGAAAAUAGUUGUUUACGUUGAACGUGCAGCAAUCGUGAAUUUUAUCGAGAGUUUUGCAGUGUUUCAUCGAUAGUUGUAAUGCAGGUUGCCGUGUGAAAUUAAUGAAUAUAAGUUUUGAAACUGGUGUAUUUGCAGAGCAAUUAUACAAACGUCGAUCGAAGUGAUGAGUGGUUGAUUGAUCUUUGACGAUAGCAAGUGCCUGGAAAUCCUGAAAGAAUGGUAGCUGCACAUCAAGAAGCUGUUAUGAGAAGAUACAGGUUUUUCAGUAUACAAGAGAGUGUUAAAGUACAAACAGAGAUCGACAUCCAUCUAAAGUAUAUUUCUUACUGACGUGCCGGAAAUAACCAAAUAACAACGAACAGGCAUCGAGCGCUUUUAAGACAAUUACUGGAAACGGAUGAGACGUGUUCUGCUGAUCUCUCAACCAGCUGGACAUUGAGUUAUUAUAAGCAUAUUAUAGAACACAGCUACGUUCCACCAUGUGGCCAAACUGACCAAAAGUAGUGGCUUGCGAACGUGCACGUUUUAGCAGAGCAGUUUUCAGCAUAAACUGGCUUCAUCGUAAGUUCGAGAGAUCCUUUGAAUGAUUUCUAUGAACUGCUCCAAUCACAAGAAUUGGGUUUCCCAGGAAGUAUGAGCACUUCGUUGAAGAACAUGCCAUACGAGUUGCUUGAAAUUUUGACAACAGACAACGAGAGCAUACUUUCCGAUGGCGUUGAAAGUUUGACUGAAAUGUAUGGGCCGAAGCGUGAUCCACUAUACGUGGUAAUACCGAUCACCAUCAUCUACCUACUGAUUUUCAUCACCGGUGUAGUCGGCAACAUUAGCACAUGCAUCGUGAUCGCGCGCAAUCGCUCGAUGCACACCGCCACCAACUAUUAUUUGUUCAGUUUAGCCGUAUCGGACUUUCUGCUGCUGGUGUCAGGAGUGCCGCAGGAAAUAUACUUCAUCUGGAGCAAGUACCCGUACGUGUUUGGCGAAACGUUCUGUGUGUUACGUGGCAUCGCCGCAGAAAUGUCGGCUAAUGCCACCGUGCUAACAAUCACCGCGUUUACAAUCGAGCGCUACUUUGCUAUCUGUCACCCAUUUCUUUCACAUACGAUGUCGAAGCUCAGCCGGGCGGUGCGUUUCAUCUGUCUGAUUUGGUUGAUUGCGAUCGUUUCGGCUAUACCGCAAGCGUUACAGUUUGGCGUCACCAACCAAGGCGGAAUCGACCAAUGUGUAGUGAAACGCAUCAUAAUUCAGCACUCUUUUGAACUCUCUACAUUCUUGUUCUUCUUUGCUCCGAUGACGAUGAUCACCAUACUGUAUGCGCUGAUUGGGUUGAAGCUGCGCACCUCCACGCUGAUGCAGCGCGAUGGCACAUUGCAGCGACGAACCCAGCCCAGCCCACGCCAAUCUUUUGCCAAUAGUCAAGGCAGUCGUCGUGUCCUGAAAAUGCUCGUGGCUGUGGUUGUAGCUUUUUUUAUUUGCUGGGCUCCGUUCCACGCACAGCGGCUCGUUUAUAUUUACGGAGUUAACACGAAUCAUCAGCCCUCCGACCCCUUAAUACUGAAACUGUUCAUCAUCACAACCUACAUAUCCGGUAUCCUAUACUAUCUAUCAACGUGUAUAAACCCUCUACUGUACAACAUUAUGAGCAACAAAUUCCGACAAGCAUUCAAGAAUAUGCUGACUGUAAGAUCUGCCAGAAAACCUCCGUGGCAGACAUCCUACGGAGCCAGCCCACCCCACGGCUCAACCUGGACUGGCCGCUGGUAUUUGAUGGAAUGUGCCUUUGACACCAGAACUGACCAAAGGAAGAUACGCGAAAGAACUCCUGAGUGAGGCCAAGCCCUCUCGAAACUAUGCCAACUACAAUAACCGACCGAGAAGAAUGAUUGCGGCGUCCACAUUUAGCAUGAGACCCGUCAGAACAUGAAGAACUAUUGGCGACUGAAGAUUUUUUGUCCAACCACGUUACAGGAGAUUGGAAAAUGCAAAAAAGAAGUUCGCUACUCGAGCCGAUUGUACCGUUAUGCAUAAGGUUCUAGCUAGGUGGUGAUCUAAAGCCUGAAGUAUUCUUCGACGCAUAGCUGAAACGAUCAAAGACUACAUAUGUUAUCGCUGGUACAAAUAGCAGAGCGACAUCAGCAGCAUGGAUGCAGGCGACUAAAAUUCCCGUCAUCUCUGGAUAAGGUUGCCAGUGCUAACAAACAUUUGAAGAGCAGUGAUAGAGUGAUGGCUCUUCAAGAUAGGCUUACUGUUUUGAAGCAACAUCAGAUCAGCAGAAAGCUCUUGAGAGAAAGUGUAUACGAUAAAGAUAUAUAAACAACAGUAGCUGUGUAGAGUUUUGCAAUCUUUGAAAAUGUUGCAAUGGUUGUUGAUUGGUUUCCCAAAAACAUUGUAAUAGGUUAUAGCAAUAAUCGACAAAGUACGGCUUGCAAGCCGCAUGCAGCUCUUUGACUCUCGGAUUGUGGCACUUAUUAACAAGUAAGAUAGUUAGAUGUUCAUACAAUGAUUCUUUUUUGAGUCACUUGAGAAUUUGAUACAAACACAUGAAUGUCCGAGCUGUUAAGCAGUUUACAAAAUCCAAAAAUAUAUAUAAUCGGUUUUGCGUGAAAGUAAUUAUUCUAGAUUUUCUUAAGACUCUCAGGCCAAUCAGCCUGCGACUUUUGAUACAAAAUCUCUCGUAUAUUCAUUUAGUUCAUUUUUGUAUCGCUUGAAGAGUUCCGUUUUCGUUUGAAUAAUCGUCGGCAGCAUCGAGACGAUGAACUUCAAAAUGGUGUCGUAUAUCCCGAACGGCUAGUCAAAUUGGACAAUUUUUCUGACAAACAGCUCAUACUGAUGGACACGCGUAAAUUAAACCAUUCCAAGAAUGUAAGCCGCUGUCUAUGUUCUUAAAUUGCCUUUAGCACUAGUUUGACAACACUCUAAUCUAUUAAAUUUUCAUCACUGUCAACAAAAAUAUGGAAACCAUCAAUUACAAAAAAUCAAUUUGCUCACAUUUACUUCGCCCGUCGGUGAAACAAGAACAAAAAGUCGACAUAGCCCUUUUUGACUUGUUCGGCAAACACGAAACCAAAUAUACUGUUGUUUGUUGUAAGCAGCUAACUUUUGAUAGGCUUAUUGUGAACCAGUAGAAUAAACAGAAAAGGCUUAAACAGUUACCUGAUUCAAUCAAUGUUAACGAAAAGCGUAAAUUGAUGGAUUCCUAGAAUUUUAGCAACUGUUCUUGUUUGUAAAAAACUCUUAGUACUAGUUUAUUGGUACUCUCUGUUUAGAAUAAUAAUAUUGAGCCUCUACAAAACUGUUUGCAGGCUAUUUGGAGAGUUAUGUGUAAGUAGUGUAAGUAGAAUAAGUAAAAGAUGAAUUGUAAAAUUAAUUGAUUUCAGUAGCAAUAAAGACAU